UGGACGCUGAUUAUUCCUGCAAUGAUACAAAAAAAGUUCCCUGUGGUGAAUACGGUUUUUGCCGCGACAAAACAGAAUUCUGCAAAGAUAAUGAAAAAGUUGUGUCGUGUUUUCCACCAGAGAUUGCGCCAGAAAACCUGCUUGAAAUGUGCCAACAAAAUAAACUCAACGUGUCGUGGCUGCAAGACGCCUCAUGUACUCAGGCUUGUGCGACAAAGUUUGGCAGCAAUAUUUUUAAAAGCAAUAUAGGUGGUGAUCAUCAGAAUAAUAGUUCAAAAGAAUGUGAUUGUUCGAAGGAUGAACUUACUUCUUACAUCGGAAUCCCAAUCUUAACAGUUAUAAUUAUAAUACUGAUAAUAGGUUUCAUUGUUUACCAUUGCAGAAUUAGAGGGAAACGGCCAAAACAACGUCAAGCGAAUCAGCAUCAUACUAAUGCUACCCAAAAUGGUACAGAACCGAUGCUGCCCAACCCAGCAGAAGAUACCACGGAAGUGUAGGAGAAGAAAACAUCAAAUUAAGCACACCAUUAAUUACAUAGAAACAAACACAAACGCAAACGUAUGCAUGUACAGCUGCAGUAACAAGUGAAAAUGGAGACUACACAAAAUGAAUAUAUUUUUUUUUAUCAUUGUACUUAUUAAAUUCACAGAGCACAUCUUUUGUUUAUAGUUGAUAUUGUUUUACCUUUUUAUUGUAAAUAAAUAUGUUAUUCAAAUACUUUGCUAAUUUGUAAGUGUUUCUAUGAAUGUGAUUGUAUUCCGAAUUAGUAGAAACGACUGAAACGUGAAAAAUAUAGUGAUAAAAUAACACCAUACUUAAAUUGUUGGUUUCAUUUUAAUUUUAGCUUAGUUUUUCAGAAUCAAUCUUAAUCUAUCAAGAUACUGUUCGACUAUUGUAUUUCUAAUGAUUUGAAAUUGAAACUACUAUCACUAGU